AUUCGAAGUGAUUCCUCUCAAGUUGUCAAUGAAAGUAUACCUCAAAUUUACACAAAAGCUACAGAAAUGAGACAGAUAUACAGGAAGAUUGACAAACUAGAGGCUUUUGUGAAGAUGAUUGGAAACAGCGUAGCUGGACUGGAAGAACGGGUCAUAAAGGCAGAAACAGACCUUGGAGCUUUUCCAAGCACAUUCAAGAAAAUCUUGCACACAAUCAGCAUACCAUCCUUCCUUAAUAAAUCGUCUUCCUCACGACAACAACAGACCCUCUAUGAACCUCCAGUCCUCUUCAAGACUGAAGACUAUUUUCCAUGUCUUAAUGAAGCACCUUAUUGAUGACUUUUGCUUUGGAAUUGAUAUGAAUCAGCCAGAAUAGAGACAGCCAAGUGAACAAAAGAAAUGAUAACCUCAAAACAGCUGCAUUUCUGAGCAUUAUUGAUGGCACAUUGCCAUUCUGAUUCUCAUUGUCUUCCUUCAGGCAGUAUUUUCAGGUAAUCUUUGUUUGCAUACAUUAUUUCAUAAGUCUUCCUACAACACAGCAUAACUUUUCAGAUUAUAUUGGGAAAGGAACUUUAGAAUACUUCUACAUUA